ACCGCAGAAGGAAAAGAGGAGGAGGGAGUUCGUCGCGUAGCGGCAACGAACGCGCGGGGUUGGAGCCGAGCUGAGUCAGAAGGAGGACGAUGGAUGAGCUCCAAUCCGCCGAGGAGACUGCAUUUAUUGUGGAUGAAGUAAGCAACAUUAUAAAAGAGGCCAUAGAAGGAACAAUAGGUGGCAAUGCAUAUCUGCAUAGCAAGGUGAACCAAUGGACUACAACUGUUGUGGAGCAGAUUUUAAGUCAAUUGACAAAGCUGGGGAAACCAUUCAAAUAUGUUGUGACCUGUGUGAUUAUGCAAAAAAAUGGUGCCGGACUUCACACUGCAAACUCUUGCUUCUGGGACAAUGCCGCUGAUGGAGCCUGCACUGUAAGAUGGGAGAACAAGACUAUGUACUGUAUUGUCAGUGCCUUUGGACUUGCAAUAUAAUUGCCUUGAAAUUCUUCAAAUCUUGUCAUUGCUUUAAGUCCACGAAAACUGAAUUAGGUGAAUAACUAAGAACUCCCCAUUCUUUCUGAGGAAAAACAGGAGAGAAAUUUCAGUACUGUUAUAUAAGCAUGAUCCCUUGUUCACACCCAAACUCUGUCUUAACACUUUAAGGACUUUUUCUCAAGGUGCUAAAACCUGAAACUUGCUGCACUUCUAUAGCUUUACUCCAACUGUGUGGGUAAGACUGAUUUUCACUCUAGAUUUGUUUGUUUAUUAAAUUAUUGAAGCUCUGAA